UUCGCUCGAAAGCUGAGGCUCAAAUUAUUCUGCUUCUCUUUUCCUUGCUUCGUGAAUUGACCAUAAACGUCUGCCGUCAAUCCCUGUCAGGCGAAUAGAAAUGCUUCCAAUCCUCGCUGUACUUACAUUUCUUCUUCUAACAGAAGCCUUCCCGCUUGACAAAGGUUUGAACCAGAUUGGACAGCAUCGUUAUUACGACUACGAUGCAUUCCCAACUCCACCGCCUGGAAAGUAUCUUGUGACGAGAAGAAUUCUACAAGAUCCUGAACUUGGACUCGACGAUAUAAGAUUAAUUGCUCCACAUUUAAGACCUCCUAAAGUGGAAAUCGUAAACGGCCGGUGGUUCGCCCCUGACGAAGAUCUAGAGCUUGAUCGUUACGGAAAGCGUCCAAGGCAUCCACUCCUGCGCUUCAGUGAGUCCUCCUCAAUUGGUAAUCAGCGUAAAUGGCAUCCACUCUUGCGCUUGAGAAAAUUCCACAAAGAUGGGUAUGUGCCGGACGAAAAAGUUGUUCGCGUGAGAAUACCGAAAAGAAAAUACCGAAUCAAAGAUGGUGAAAUUGUUCCUUUAACACGCCCUUGA